AUGGAUAUGGAUAAAUCAUCUAUUUGCAACAGUGUCGUUAACUUCUUGUUGGAGGAAAACUACCUUCUAACCGCCUUCGAGCUCCUCCACGAGCUCCUCGACGACGGCCACAACGAACAAGCCAUUCGCCUCAAACAAUACUUCGCCGAUCCCUCUCGCUUCCCUCCUCUUCAAAUCGCUCGCCUCAACUCUCUCACAUCAUGCAUGUUCUUCAUUCUCUCUUUUAAUUUCAAAAUUAACCACCAUUGUUGCUUGUUUCUUUCUAAAUAUGUGUGUGGGAUUUAUGAUUUGAUUAAUGAGAUGUUGAUGCUUGAAAUUUUAGUGAUAGAUCCGCAGACUCUGCUGCAAGAGAAAGAAGAGGCAGAAAGCAAGUUAGCCCUUACUGAAUAUGAGCUACGUUUGGCACAAGAAGACAUCUCCAAGCUCAAAGCUGAUUUAGAGAGCAAAACACAAUUCCUUGAUCAGCUUAAUGCUUCGCAAUCAAGUAGUAAACAUGAUCCAGAGAGUGAUGGGCAACAAAUUCAAGAACAAAAGAACAAUAAUAAUAGUAAUACUUCAUUCACUGAUUUGGGACCCCUCAAAAAUACUGAACGAAGAGAUCUUAACUAUGCUGUGAAGGAAUAUCUUCUUUUUGCUGGCUACCGCCUUACUGCAAUGACAUUUUAUGAGGAGGUUACAGAUGUUAACCUAGAUAGUGUACAGAAUUCACAAGCAGUAAUACCAGAUGCAUUGCGUCAUUACUAUUAUCACUAUAUUUCAUCAACUUCAGGGGCUGCUGAGGAAAAAAUUGCCCAACUUCGAGAAAAUGAGAUGUUGCUCAAAGAAAAUCAGAGGUUGAAUCAAGAAAUGGAGACGUUGUUGAAUGAUAAAAAGUUGGCUGAUGAUAAAGUAGACACAUUGACUAAAUCCUUGGAGGUACUGAAGAAAGAACUUAAAGACAAAGAGAACCUGGCACAAUUGUUAAAGCAAUCAUUGGAGAAUCAAAGAAAGGAGCUCCGUGUUUGCAGAACCGAUAUCAUGAAGAUGAAAAAGCGUAUUGAUGGAUCUAAUUCUGCAGAGCCUUUAGAUAAGUACAAGAAAGAAAUUAAGAACUUGCAUAUAGAAAUCAAAAGGUUGAAGGUAAAGAAUGAAGCUCCUGAAGCUCUGAGUUCUAUUGGUUCUGAAAAUGAAACUGUUGCUGAAGACAAAGUGAUUGAAAUUCAUGAGGACAAGGGAUCAUUCUCCCACCCUGUUGAGGAGGAUAACAAGAGUGACGCACGGAGAGAUGAUGCUCAAUCACCACCAUCAGUUGUUGGAACUCCUAGGGAUUAUGAUGAUAAACAUGAAGAUGCAUUAGUUGAUGGGUUGCUUAGUCCUUCAAAUGUAGAUGCUGCAAUUGAAAAUGUUGAAAUUGUUUCUGAGCAUAGUGAAGCCAAAAAUGAUGAUAUCAGGUUACAAGUAAAGUUAGACAAAGUAAAUAAUGAAGCAAUAUCUGAGAAGACGGGAUUAGUAAUCAUUCAGAUACUUGCGGACGCUUUGCCUAAAAUUGUUCCUUAUGUUUUGAUCAACCAUCGUGAGGAGCUAAUUCCUUUAAUCAUGUGUGCAAUCGAGCACCAUCCAGAUAGCAGCACUCGCGAUUCCUUGACUCAUACAUUGUUUAACUUGAUCAAGCGCCCUGAUGAACAACAAAGAAGAAUAAUAAUGGAGGCAUGUGUUAGCCUUGCAAAGAAUGUGGGAGAGAUGAGAACAGAAACAGAAUUGCUUCCUCAAUGUUGGGAACAAAUAAGUCACAUGUAUGAGGAGCGUAGGUUGCUUGUUGCUCAAUCAUGUGGAGAUCUAGCAGAAUAUGUGCGGCCGGAGAUUCGCGACUCUCUUAUUUUAUCCAUUGUGCAGCAACUAAUAGAAGAUGCUGCCAUCAUUGUUCGAGCAGCCGCGGCUCACAAUCUGGCUAUGCUGCUUCCAUUUUUCCUGAACAUGGAUAAAUAUUUCAAGGUGGAGGAGUUGAUGUUCCAAUUGAUAUGUGAUCCCUCAGGAGUGGUAGUGGAAACUACUCUCAAGGAAUUGGUUCCUGCAGUUAUCAAAUGGGGAAAUAACUAUGAACAUGUCUUGAGAGGUUUACUCUCUCUUAUGUUAACUUCUGCUCAGAAUUGUCCUCCUAUAUCAACUGUUAAAGCUUCUAUUGAUUCACAUCUUCAUGUUCUUGGUGAAAGAGAGAGAUGGAAUAUAGAUUGUCUAUUGAGAAUGUUGGUGGAAUUGCUCCCUGUGGUGCACCAGAAAGCAAUUGAGACUUGUCCCUUUUCAUCUACCACUGAAUCUAAGAAAGUGGUGUUCUCUACCACAUUACUUGAAUCGUACGCAAGGGAACAUGUUGAAUGGGAAGCAUUUGAAUGGAUGCAUGUUGAGUGCUUUCCCAAAUUGAUACAGCUAGCUUGCUUGUUACCAUGGAAAGAAGAUAACUUACGGAGCCGAAUCUCAAAGUUUCUGUUAUCUGUUUCUGAAAUGUUUGGGGAAUCCUACACAACAUGCAUAAUGCUACCUGUAUUUUUAACAGCAGUUGGGGAUGAUGCCGAUUUCACAUACUUUCCAACUUCUAUUCAUUCUAGAAUUAAAGGUUUGAGACCAAGGAAUGUUGUUGCUGAAAAGAUUGCUGCAUCAUGUGUGCUACCACUUCUGCUGGCUGGAAUUUUGGGAGCUCCAGGGAAAAGAGAUCAGUUAGCAGAGUACUUGAGAAAUCUUCUACUAAAAGAAGACAGUUCCAAGAAGGAGAAUCAUUCAUCCAAACACACCCUUGAGAUUAUUAAUGCCGUUCGCUUCAUUUGCAUAUAUGAAGAAAACCAUGGUAUGAUAUUUGAUAUCAUAUGGAACAUGGUUGUUAGCUCAAAUGAGGAAAUAAAAACAAGUGCUGCCAAUCUUCUCAAAGUUAUUGUGCAAUAUGUUGAUGCAAAAGUUGCUUCAACAAAUGUGUUACCUGCUUUAGUUACUCUUGGAUCUGACCAAAACAUCAAUGUCAAGUGUGCCAGCAUUGAAGCUUUUGGUGCUGUGGCUCAAAACUUCAAAGUUGACAUGAUAGUUGACAAGAUAAGAGUUCAAAUGGGUGCAUUUCUUGAAGAAAGAUCCCAUGAAGCCACCAUUGCUGUCAUUCAUGCUCUGGUGGUUGCAGUGCCUCAUACAACAGAACAGCUUAGAGAUUAUCUUUUGUCCAAGAUUGCUCAACUCACAGCCGCUCCAUCUACUGCUUCAGGGGAUUUGAUUCCUCGGCGAGAGCGAGCUAACGCAUUUUGUGAGGCGAUUCGCGCUCUAGAUGCUACAGAUCUUGGUGCAAAUAGCGUUAAGGAAUUCCUGCUACCAUCUAUACAGAACCUAUUGAAAGACGUGGAUGCAUUGGAUCCAGCACACAAAGAAGCACUUGAGAUCAUACUGAAGGAGAGAUCAGGAGCAAGCACCAGAUUGAAAAGUCAACACUCACGUGCAUCAUCACUUAGCAACCUCUUUGGGGAGAGAGAGUUGCGCACCAAGAGAGACAGCACAGACACGCCGCCCGAGGCGAAUAAUCUUUCGCCUAGGGCAGCGGCCUUGGCUGCCUCCGGGGAGGAUACUAGAUUUCGGAGACUUAUGAUGGGACAUUUUAGUGAGAUACUUCGUGCCAAGGGAAGAUCACCUGACGAAGCUCAAAAUCCAUAGGAGCUGAGGUUAUAUUUUAUGUGCCCAGUUUUUUUUAUAUAUUUCUUUAUUUUCAAAAAUG